UUUUCCGAUCGUCAGUCACCCUAAAGAAUGGCCGAGCCUUCUGGGAACGAGCUGGCGUCCGCGGCUGCCAAGGGGGACCUAGAGCAACUUACUAAUUUGUUGCAAAAGAAUGUAAACGUCAAUGCACAAAAUGGAUUUGGGAGGACUGCGCUGCAGGUAAUGCAACUCGGGAACCCCAAAAUUGCCAGGAGGUUGCUAAUUAACGGUGCAAACCCCAAUCUGAAAGACAGUACUGGCUUCGCUGUAAUUCAUGAUGUAGCCAGAGAGGGUUUUCUGGACACUUUGCAGACUCUGCUGGAGUUUAAAGCUGAUGUUAACAUUGAGGAUAACGAGGGCAACCUGCCCUUGCACUUGGCGGCCCGGGAGGGGCACGUGCGGGUGGUGGAGUUCCUGCUGGAGCGCGCGGAGUGCAAGGUGGGCCACCAGAACAAGCGGGGGGCCACCGCCUACGACCUGGCCAAGCUCUACAAGAGAUCCGCCGUGGUGAAGCUCUUCGAGGACAGCAGCUUCUUCCCCGCAGCCGUGAAUUAAAUCCGACUCGGACGUACUCUCCUUUGGACACUAAGGCUUUCAGCCUUCUUUUUUUCCCCCCUCCUUUUUAAUAACGUUUGU